GCGUGCAGAAGAGUGCGAACAUAGCAUGAAGUAAGAAGCGCCGAGAAAACAUAGCGACGGUGUAGGUGAAAUGUGGCAAGCAAAUCAAAAGUAUUAAACACACACACAUUGCCAGUGCGCACGGACACGCACAGCACACUAUUACACCAGAGCAAGUGCGUGAAGUCUAUCUGCCUAAUGCACUCUAUUCUUCUGUGGACUCCUUAAAACAAACACACUUUGCGCAGACUAUUUGGAACUUUGCUGUUGAACCGCCAAGUCCACAAAGGAAUUUUCAAGGAAAAUCUGAAAGGAAUACUUGCUGAAGUAAGGCCAGCUUACCGUGCAGUCAGGACCCAGCAACCGAGACCCAGGAGCCAGCGCGAGUACAAGUGCAUCGCAUCGUGCGGAAGCGGAAGACCACAGAAAGGCAAAGCCACGCCCCUAGAGCGACAGCCCAAAGAUGGCGGCCUUCAUAGCUAAGCAGAUGGUUGGAAACCAAUUAAGUGCCGUUAAAGGCGCUGUAGGAGGUGAUGGAGGCGAUGAUGGCGACGACAAGGAAAAGGCAGAGGAGGAGGAAAGGGAGCGUCAGGAGGCCAUCAAGGAGGCCGAGGACCGGCGCAAGGAAAAGCACCGAAAAAUGGAGGAGGAGCGCGAGAAGAUGAGGCAAGACAUUCGCGAUAAGUAUAACAUCAAGAAAAAGGAGGAGAUCGUGGAGGCGACCCCCCAAGAAGAGCCCAAUCCCCUGAUGCGGAAAAAGAAGACGCCCGAGGAACUCGCCGCCGAAGCGGAGCAGGAAGAGCUCGAUGAUUUUACAAAACUGAAAAAUCAAAUAGAAACGCAAGUAAAUGAGCUAAAAACUCAAAUAGAGGGAAAAUGUGUCAUGCAGUGAUAUGUCAGUCACCAUAAUAACAGAUAAAUAAAUAUGAUGAUGAAAUACAAGUAAUAAUGAUAAUAUAGCCCAUAAAAGGAAAUUGAUUUAACUCGACUUGAAAUUGAAUUUGUUAAUAUAAGAUCAGUUAAGUUACAUGGGAACCAUAAACAGAACGAAUUAAAACUACUGCGAAUCUAGAGCCUAAUAUAACUUUACCCGGCAGCAACAUAACGCCUCCUUAACAAUAAAUCCUAAAAUCGAUGACAGCUAUAAUUCGAAGUGAAAUAGUUUGCAAAAUUAAAAUACAAACAAAACGGUAAACUCCUAAUGAAUUUUAAAGCAGCUAAAACACAAAUCAAAUCAUUAAACGCCCAACUAUAGUGAAGGCCUUUAAUAAUAUUCAAAUCACUUUGCUUCGAUAGUAAUGUAAUAUACUCAAACCCAAUAUACAAUAAAUAAUCGUUCUUUAGUUGAUAUAAAAAGUAACGAUCUAAUGAAUAUAUCGAAUCGACACGGUGAAACUCGAAUGCAAACAGAAACAAAUAAUAAGUACAUAACAUAAAACAAAACUACCAAUCCUAAAAAACCAAAAGCCAAUAGAGCGACAGAGGAGGCUACCAAGUUAUGUCGAACCGUCGAAGUACAUAUGUUGCUGAAAUCACACUGGACUUGAAAUCCAUCUAUAAGUAUAGAUAUAUUAUUAAAUAAAUCGGCGAAUAUGUUAAAAAUGCCAUUCAAAUAUAUAUAUAUAUAUAAACGUAUAUGUAUAUGUAUAUAUAUACACCCGUUGUGUAUAUAUGUAAAUUUCAAGAAUUUAACUAGAAGUAAAAAUUCUUGCAAACGAAUUGGCUGCAGAUACGUUGAAAUGGCUGAUUCUCCAAAUUGUUAGUCCUAACCGAGAGAAAAGGUUAAAUAUAAAUGAAAAAGGUUCAGUCAAUUUGUUUUACAAAGUUUGAGUCAAACAUCUUUAACAGCUGUUACAUUUUGUUUCUUUCUUAUACAAACAUCAUACCUACACAACAAGAAUUGAGAAUUUCGAUCUUUUUGAGACAGUUAAUGCUCUCUCUGAAUGAUGCUUCUGAAAUUUCCCACUUAGACAUGUUCUUUCGGUGUUUUAUAAGUAUCAUCAACAACAUCCAGAACAACAGCACUAGAAAACGCCUACAACCAGUACAAGAACAACAUCAACAACAACAUCAACUUCAGAAGAAUCCAAAUAUGUAUUAUAAGAUAUAAUCAAUACUUUCCCAGCAAAAAAUAGAAGAAAACAAAAAGCUACAUGAACAACAGCAUCAACUAAACAAAAUCAUUGCAAUUUGCAGGCUAGCAUUUCCUACCUUAUUUCUGAACGUUGCGAAUAAAUUUGGAUACGGUUUACCAACUAUGCCAAACCAAACACGCUCAUAUACCUUCCCAUACAGGGUCACUAAUCACUAGCAUUUACAUAAAUGGCUAUAUGUUGUUGUUCCGGUCCAGUUAUUAGCAACGAUAUAUACAUAAAUCUGUAUAACUUGCAUUAGAAGUCGCCUAAAUGAAAGAUCUAGAUCCACACUCGAUACGUAACAUCCAAAUCCAAAAAUGAGUUUCAAAAUAUCAGUUAAAGAUUCUUACUCAAAUUUUUCUAAAAAUUCUCAACAUCAUGUUUUUACAAGUCGGUGGGACAGCGGCAAACCAACAAGGCUUAACGCCCUUCUCUGUCAACCUAAUAAAGCAAUCCUCUAGUGCCCCCUCGCUCCAUACAAUGUUAGGAACGAUCAAACCAAUGAAUGAAUGCCUUAACGUGGCUCAAAUGACUAGACCAUGAGUAGCGAAUAGAUGAUGAUAAAAUAAUUUGACUCUACCCUAAGAAAAUAGCUUGCAGUCCCUUGCUUUGUUUCCCUAUCGUCUGUUACUGAACCUGCACCCAAAAAUGUAUCUUAGCUAUGAUCCUUUUAAACUCGAAACUAAAAGUCUAUAAAGUAACCGCUUUUCAAAUACUUAUAGAAAAUGUGUACCUAGAUUCUACUAUAUGAAUUGCGUCUUGUCUCACACAUUUAUAUACGAUUGAAGGCCACUUUAAUUGUUUAAUAUAUUGAAUAAACACAUAAUUAAAUCCAACACAACUAAUUGAAGCAUACUAUUCAAUCUUAACCAAGUUUUAACGUUAUCAUAAAUGUUUAAAGUGUUAAAUGGUUCAGAUGCUCUUGUUUUCAUUUAUAAUUUGUUGAUAUUAUGUUACCGUUCAAAAUAUAGUAUUGAAAAUGUAAUUAUAUGUAUAUCAGAAAGUUCACAAAACCACAGAUUAUUAAACAUUAAUAUCUAUAUUAUAUCUAUAUCUAUAUAUAUAUAUAUAUAUAUAUAUAUAUAUAUAUAUGUAUAUGUAUAUAUAAAAAAUAUAUAUUUAUGUAUAAAUAUAUAUACAUAUAUUUAUAAAUAUAUAUAUGUGUAACUUAAUAGGAAAAUGAAUUUAAUAGAGAAAGAACAGACAAAAAUUAUAAGUAAUAAUGAUGAAAGAAUACCAUUGAAGUCAUUAUUAGAUGUGAAAGACGUUCUAUACGUAGCAAAACAGAAACAAAAACAUAAGAAAAUCGUUAAUAGUUGAUUAAUUAUAUUGUUACUUUGAACAUUUAAUUAAAACGAACGA